AUGGCAACCUCUUUCGCCAAUCCUCAUUACAUUAAAAGAGAUGAUGUAACACCGCAAACAUGCCCGGCUGCUAUGCUAUCAGCAACUUCUGAAUGCGAUAUAAAAGGACAGAUGGCAUUUUACCAAGAUAAUGGUGGAAGUAUCUGGUUAACUGGUACUUACCAAUAUGGAUUUCAAAAUCCGAAAGAAUGGGAUUAUUGCUAUACAAUUCAAAAUAAAUGCGGAAAGGUUCUUUUCAAUCUUACUGAUUGGUUAGGUAUGGAGUAUGCUAAAGAAAGUGGUUGUAAUGGUUAUGAUGAUGAUAUGUCAAAAAGGUUUACCAGGAGGAGAAACAUUCUUGAUAAAAGAAAUGAUGAUAAGUGUGAAAUAGGUCAUUGGGGCAGUAAACCUUGGGUAAUUAAAGUGGAUGAUUUAACAUGGGAUUGUGGUAAAAAAGGUUUCAAAUAUGAAAAUUGUGAUGGUAAGGAUAUUUAUGCGGAUAUGGUGGUGGAUUAUGAUAAAGUAAAACUUCCAAAACGGCUUAGCGAUCAAGGACCUGCCUCGGGAUUCUAUUUAGUUAUUGAGGGCUCAAGUAAAUGGGGUAAACGUACGACUAGUUUAUCACCUGCUGCGAUUAAUGUUAAUAAUCAAGCAACACCGGCUGCAGCAGCCGCAGCAACUCCAGCUGCACCGGCUGCACCAGCUGCACCACCAGCUGUUAAAGGAUAA